AUGGGUCUCCUUGAUAUGAAGUUCACUCCUUAUACUUCCUGCAUGAACCUGGAAGGUAUCAAACUCCAGUUCGCCAUCGCAACCAUUGCAACAUGUGCUUUCUGGUUGUUCGGGUACGACAUGUCAGUGAUGGGAGGUGUCAUCACAGAAGAACCUUUCCUCUCGGUCUUCCCCCAGACCAAGGAUGCCACCAUCCAAGGCAUCGUCAUCGCUACGCUUGAGAUAGGAGCCCUUUUGGGCGCUAUCACCUGCAUCGUGAUGGGAGAUAAAUGGGGUCGCCGUGGGACGGUCUUUGUUGGCAUGGCCUUCAUGAUUGUCGGAGGGACACUGCAGGCAUCUGCGUGGUCUCUCGCUCAGAUGGUCAUCGGUCGUCUCCUGUCUGGCAUUGGUCUCGGCCUCCAGGUUGCUACCGUUCCUGCAUGGCAGUCAGAGUGCGCCAAACCAAAGUCAAGAGGUCGAUGGGUCAUGAUUGAGGGUGGUCUGCAGACCUCCGGGGUCGCCUGCGGCCAAUGGGUUGGCCUUGGCUUUUUCUAUACCAGUGGUCAGAUCCAAUGGCGCAUGCCUGUUGCGAUCCAGCUGAUCCCGGCCGCCAUUGUCUUCUGCUUCAUCAUGUUUCUCCCAGAGAGUCCCCGCUGGCUUGUCAGCCACGGCAAGUUUGAGGAAGGCAAGAUUGUCCUCGCUCGUCUCCGAGGCCUUCCCGCUGAGCACCCCGACCUUGUCUUCGAAUACCAGAGCAUCAUGGCCAGCCACGAAGCGCAAAAGGCAGAAGCUCCAUUCGCUUACAAGGAACUCCUCCAAAAUGGCAAGACACAGACUUUCCGCCGAAUGCUCCUUGGCGUCUUCAUCAAUGCUGCUCAACAAUUGUCCGGCAUCAACAUGGUGUCCACGUAUGCCAACCAAAUUCUCGGCACCAGCUUCGAUCUCAGCCCCGGCAUGUCGCACUUGAUCGCGGCCUGUGGAGGCACCGAGUAUGCCCUCUGCUCGCUCCUCUCGGUCCUGCUGAUUGAAGGCCUCGGUCGCCGCAAAGCCUUCAUGUGGACGGCUACCGGUAUGGCAGCCUGCUUCGUCGUCAUCCCGAUCCUACUGUCCACCAGCUCUCGAUCCAACCAGCUCGCCGCUGCAGGACUGCUUUUCCUGUUCAACACCUUCUUCGGCCUCGCCUGGGUCGGUGGACCUUUCCUAUACGCGGCCGAGAUCGCACCACUGCGAGCUCGCGCACCCUGCGCCGCCCUGGGCUCUGUCGGCAACUGGACAUUCUGCUUCCUUGUCGUCAUGACAAUUCCUGUGUCCUUUGCAAACCUCGGCUACAAGACGUACAUCUACUACGCCGUGUUCAACGCCGUCUUUGUCCCCAUCAUCUAUUUCUUCUUGGUCGAGACAAAGGGGCGUUCGCUCGAAGAGUUGGACGUCAUCUUCGCCACUCCCGGUGACCCGGUCAAGAACGAGAAGCGCAUGCCUCACGACAUCUCGAUUGAAGCUGCCAAAGCGGCUCUAGGACUGGACGAUGGCCCGGCCAACAAGACCGCCAAUGAGGUCGUCGAGGUUGACAUGCAGGAGAAGGCCACACAUGGUUGA